UCCAGCUGAUCGGCCCAGGAUCCCCGGUGCUUCUGUCCGUCGUCGCGUUUGACGGCUCCGGCGUCUUAACCUCGACUGAAAACUGCUUUAAUUUUACGGAGUCAGUGGCCGCUCGUGUCGGCAAGCUGCUCAUCUUCCACCGAAACCCUUACGGAUUAUUUCGUCCGGUUAUUUACAGUGUGUCUGCCAAAGCCAGAGGGAUCUAAAAGGCAAACAGCGAGGCCCUCACUCCAUCCACGGAUUCACCUGCUACGCGGAGAGCCUGACACGGGAGACCGACAUGGGGGACACGGGGAGCGAGGGCAGCAAGCCUCCGAGUAACGUUAAUGUUAUACCCCCGCGCUGCCCCUGUGGUUUCUGGGGGUCGAGCAAAACCAAGAAUCUCUGCUCAAAAUGCUUUGCAGAUAUUCAGAAGAAGCAGCCAAAUGAUGAUUGUGCCCCAAAGUCCUCUCCAAGCUCCAGCAGCAGUCAAGCAGACAUCUUCUGUAACGAAACAAACAGCAGCAUUAGUCAGAUGUCCAUGCCGAAUGCGUCAGAAGACCCUUUGCCUGCAGAGACUGGCGGGACGUCCGUACCUGUUCAAGACGGAGCAUCUGGUACAGACAGCGUCUUGAGCUCACUAUCCACUCCCACAAAACGUUCAUUUGAGUCAGCCUCAGAGUCGGAAAGUGACGUUUCACCAGAGAAACGAAUGAGAGUGGGUGAGGACCAAGAGGGUGAUGAGUCUUCGUCGUCGUCGUCAUUGCCUGCUUCAUCGCCAUCCUCGUCUCGCGCCGGCCCCAAACAGCGGAGCCGCAAACGCUGCCAUCGCUGCCAAACCAAACUGGAGCUGGUACAGCAAGAGCUGGGCUCCUGUCGCUGUGGUUACGUCUUCUGUAUGCUCCACCGGCUUCCAGAGCAACACGAGUGUCUGUUCGACCACCUGGGUCGCGGGCGUCAAGAGGCCGUCCUCAAGAUGGUGAAGCUCGACCGCAAGGUGGGCCGCUCAUGCCAGCGCAUCGGGGAGGAGUGCUCUUGAGCAGCCGUCCCACUUUCCACAAGAGUCUCUGUUUUCAGAUGGCGUCUCAGCACCAAUGGGGAUAUGACUUUUUUUUUUUUUUUUUUUUGUCAUUUUCAUUUUUCAAGAUUUUUGCGGGUUUUUUGGAUACAAAUCUUUGCCCUUUUCUUUUUAACUUAUGCUUAAAUUCCACUAUUACCCACAUCCUGGGCGUUUUCUGCUUCUGUUCACUUGAUCAUAUCCCUACUGCUAAGAUGCCUUUUUUUGGGGGGAAAAAGCAAAUCCAGGAAUGAUGGAACAAUAAAGAGCAAAGGAAAUACUCGAUUUCUCCACUUGUUUUGCAAGCUCUUGAUCACACAGGUGUCAAUGGAGUAAGAAUGAGUAAUGCGACAGAGAGGAAUAACACAAUGCUUUAUACACACGUUUGUCUUGGAAGCCAGACUCUACUCUUUACCUCAGAAAAAGAAAAGGAGAAAAAAAAAAAGCAAAUCAAAGAAUGAUAAUGUGAAGGAUGAGAAUGAAACACUUAUCCUUCAUCU